AUGCAACUCUUACUACUUAAUUCAGUUGUGUGGCUGCUUGCCUGCGUGAGCCCGGUUCUCGGCAGCAAGGAGCCACAGUUGAGCUGGGACCCAAACACCAUCAAGGAUUGCACCUAUUGGUAUGACAACACCGGUAGUCGCACCUGUGACUCUAUUCGAAACAGUUGGAACAUUUCUCCAGAGACAUUUUCUCGUUGGAACCCCUCUGUUGGGACCAACUGCGAGGGCUGGCGCUUUCAGUCUUAUUGCGUGCGAGUCAAGGCUGAAGAGACGACCUCGUCGCCAACACCCACCUCUACCACCUCUAGCACCAGCUCAACCACCACAGAGACGGCUCCUCCGCUCUGGACUGAUACAGGAUGCUACCAAGAUGCGGCGACGCAUCCCCUGCAGACCCGUUUGCCCUCUCCUGGCGGAAAUGACCUCACCCGCGCCAAGUGCGAGGCUGCAUGCUGGAGUGCUGGCUACUUGUACGCUGGCUUCAAGGCCGGCGUGGAAUGCUGGUGUGGCAAAUAUGUUCAGGGGACACUAAGCCCCUCACCCUCUGACUGCAAUAUCGCGUGCGCCGGAAACAGCUCCGAAAUGUGCGGUGGCAGCAACCUCUUCGGCAUUGUGGUCGGCAGAGACCCCCCAUAUUCCCACACAACAACCUCGGAGCCUGCCACCAGCACGAGCUCUUCGUCAGCCUCGUCCUCGUCUUCCUCGCGCACAUCAAUUCCGCUUCCUACUCAAACAGCUGGCUGGCGUGUUAUUGGCUGCUACAAGGAUACGGCUGAUCCGCGCAUUCUGAAAGAGUACCAGUAUGCCAGCGACGACACUAUGACCCAAGACGCUUGUCUCGAUCGGUGCAGCCAAAGAGGUUUUGUCUAUUCUGGAGUUGAGAAUACCCGCGAGUGCUGGUGCGGCCAAAAAUUCCAAUCGACCGAUUCGAAUACCGAAGUCGCACUGUCCGACUGCGGCGGCCCCUGCUCCGGCGACAAGACGCAGGUGUGCGGCGCCGGCGCUCGGAUCUACAUCUCCAAGUACGACACGGCCCCCAUUGCCAGUAACGUUGGCUACUAUGACAACUUUACAUCGGGCGACAUGCUGCCUUGGGUCGUGUCGGAUGGCGCGUAUGAUGCGUCUACAAAGGCUCUGGUUGCCGACGCGCAAUCCAACGUGGGUAAAGUCUUGCUGGACAAGAGCGACUUUUCCGAUUUCCUCUACGAACUCGAUCUUGUUCUCCCUACAUCUCCGGAUGGAAGCAAUGUCGGUCUCGUCUUUCGUGCGUCGAAUCCAGGUCCUGGUCUGGACGCCUAUGACGGAUACCUGGCCGUGUUUGGCAUCCUCGGCAAAGUCGAGUUUGGCCGCAUCCAUCAAGGCUGGACACAGAUGGCGCAAGGGACCGCCGUCAUUCGGGCUGGCUCGACCCAUCAUGUUGCGGUCCGAGCCAUUGGAAAGCAGCUGGACUUGUACAUUGACAACAUGACGACACCAAUCCUCAGCACCUCCGACACAACCUACGCACAUGGCAUAGUUGGCGUGAGACAGUUUAAUACGGGCGCUACCUUUGACAACAUACAAAUAUUCCCGGUUGCGUUCUGGGAUGAUUUCAGUACAAUCAAGGCCUUGGAUCGCUGGCAGGUAUACGACGGCGAAUUCGCCGUCUUUGCAGGGCUGCUCACCAAAACGGCAGGCAAAGCCCUGAUCAAAAACACCACCUUUAACGACUUUAUCUACGAGGCCGAUAUAUACCCGCACAAAGGUCGUGCUGGGCUACUGUUCCGCAUGGAUUAUCGCGGGAAUGUGCCAGAGGGGUUGCGCGGCUUUUAUGCUGGAGUCACUGACGGCAUUGUCGAGCUUGGUCGCAUAGACAGAUACGACCAAUACAUUCAGCUACUGGCGGCACCCCUCGACACCAACAACACCAGCUCAUUCCAUCAUUUACGUGUCAAGGCUGUGGGUUACGAAAUAUAUAUUUACGCCGACGAUAUGAACACGCCGAAGCUCCAUGUCACCGACGGAUCAUACAUGAGUGGACAGAAUGGUAUCCGGUGUUUUGAAAAGGGAAGCCUUGUGACGCAUAUCCGGGCCUACACAUUAUAA